AUGGACGUAAACAGGAAAAACAAACGAGAAGGCACUGAAGUCACUGAAAGACUUAUCACAGAAACAGUAACUACAAGACUAACAUCCUUACCACCAAAAUGCUCCACCAGCAAUGGCUAUGCUAAGACGGGCUCUCUGGGUAGUGGAAGCCGAACGGAGAAGCAAAGUCUGAUUCAUGGAAGCAGCAGCUACAUAACCGGAAGUGGCAGUACCCGGGGCAAUGCCUCCACCUCCAGUUACAGGAGAGCCCAUUCACCUGCCUCCACUCUGCCCAAUUCGCCCGGGUCAACCUUUGACAGGAAAACACAUGUCACUCGCCAUGGAACCUAUGAAGGGAGCUCCAGUGGCAACUCCUCCCCUGAGUACCCACGAAAGGAAUUUGCAUCUUCAGCAACCAGAGGCCGAAGCCAAACCCGAGAGAGCGAGAUCCGGGUUCGGCUGCAGAGUGCGUCCCCCUCUACCCGAUGGACAGAACUGGAUGAUGUUAAGCGAUUGCUCAAGGGGAGCCGGUCAGCUAGUGUGAGUCCCACUCGCAAUUCUUCCAACACCCUCCCCAUCCCCAAGAAAGGCACAGUGGAGACCAAAACGGUGACAGCCAGCUCCCAGUCAGUGGCUGGCACCUAUGACACCACCAUCCUGGAUGCCAACCUUCCCGCCCACAUGUGGUCCUCUACCUUGCCAGCGGGCUCAUCCAUGGGGACCUACCACAACAAUAUGACAACCCAGAGCUCGUCCCUCCUGCACACCAAUGCCUACUCUUCGGGAUCUGUGUUUGGGCUUCCCAACAACAUGGCAUCCUGCUCCCCAACUCUGCACCCUGGAAUCAGCACCUGUUCCUCAGUGUUUGGCAUGCAGAAUAAUCUGGUCCCCAAUUCUGCAACACUGACCCAUGGUUCAACCAGCACUUCCACAGCAUAUGGUGUAAAGAAGAACAUGCCCCAGAGUCCUGCAGUGGUGAGCACCGGCACAUCCACCUCCACUGCCUGCAGCACCACUGUGCAGAAUGACGACCUCCUGCACAAGGACUGCAAGUUCCUGAUCCUGGAGAAGGACAACGUGCCUGCCAAAAAGGAGAUGGAGUUGCUGAUCAUGUCCAAGGACAGUGGGAAGGUGUUCACAGCCUCCCCUGCCAGUGUGGCUGCAACUUCUUUUUCAGAUGACACCCUAAAAAAAGAAAAGCAAGCUGCCUACACGGCUGACACCCAACUCAUAGCAGAAUCCAAUGGAGGCGUGAAGACUUCGUCCUCCAAGACCACCUCGUCAGAUACCUACGGCUACAAUCAAGGCAGCAGCUAUAAGCAGGGCAGCGGCGGCGGUGUAGGUAGCGGCGGCGGCAUUGGCGGCGCUGGAGGCGGCAGCAAGGGGGACGCGUGGGGCGCGGCGCCCGCGUGGUGCCCCUGCGGCUCCUGCUGCAGCUGGUGGAAGUGGCUGCUGGGGUUGCUGCUCACCUGGUUGCUGCUACUGGGGCUGCUCUUCGGCCUCAUCGCUCUGGCUGAGGAGGUACGGAAGCUGAAAGCGCGCGUGGACGAGCUGGAGAAGCUGCGGAGCAGCAUGUCCUACUUAGAGGAGAAGAUGGAGAGGAGCAACAAGGACCAGCUGCAGGGAUCGUACCCAGGGUUGGGGACCAGCCUGGGGACCACCGGGCUGGAAGGCAGCAGCCAAGAGGCGCUCUGGCUCUUCGUGAGGAAUAAGCUGAUGACGGAACAAGAAAACGGCAAUCUCCGAGGAAACCCUGGCCCCAAAGGUGACAUGGGAAGUCAAGGUCCCAAAGGAGAUCGAGGGUUCCCAGGGACCCCAGGUACCCCUGGACCUAUGGGUCACCCAGGCCUAGAAGGACCCAAGGGACAAAAAGGCAGUGUGGGAGAUCCUGGCAUGGAAGGACCCAUGGGCCAGAGAGGGCGAGAAGGGCCUAUGGGCCCACGGGGGGAGCCUGGCCCUGCUGGGUUUGGAGAGAAAGGGGACAGAGGGGUUGCUGGCAACCCAGGGGUUCCAGGUCUACCAGGCCCCCCAGGUUUUCUGGGUCCCAAAGGUUCCAGUGGUCCUCCUGGCCCCCAGGGCCCCCCAGGCUCUGCAGGACCCCAAGGGCUCCGAGGUGAAGUGGGGCUCCCUGGUGUCAAAGGUGACAAAGGGCCUAUAGGGCCAUCUGGACCCAAAGGUGACCAUGGAGAGAAAGGACCCCGCGGCCUCACAGGCGAGCCUGGUUUAAGAGGUUUACCCGGAGCUGUGGGUGAGCCUGGAGCCAAAGGAGCAAUGGGAUCUCCUGGCCCUGAAGGACCCCAAGGCCCAAGAGGCGAACAAGGCCUUUUGGGGAUGGCUGGAACACGGGGCGCACCAGGACCUUCUGGAGAGCCAGGAAAGCCAGGUCUUACAGGGCCCCAAGGACCACAGGGACUGCCUGGCUCCCCUGGACGCCCCGGGACCAAAGGUGACCCAGGAACCCCUGGCAGGAUUGUGACUUCAGAGGGGUCUUCGGCUAUCACCGUCCCAGGACCUCCAGGACCUCCUGGAUCCAUGGGACCUCCAGGCCCUCCGGGUGCCCCAGGCCCUGUCGGCCCUGCUGGUCUUCCAGGACAGCAAGAUGGUAUUGACUUACGGGGUCCCCCAGGCCCACCAGGGCCACGUGGACCACCAGGACCUGCCAUUCCAGGCCCACCAGGACCUCGAGGACCAGCAGGUGAAGGCUUGCCAGGCCCACCAGGCCGACCAGGAUCUUCCCUGAGCAGCUCAGAGACCUUCUUCUCGGGCCCUCCAGGUCCACCUGGUCCACCAGGCCCCAAGGGAGACCAAGGUGAGAAAGGAGCCUCAAGAAGGAUGGGAGAGCAAGGCCCCCCAGGGUUCUCAUCCUCAGGUUCUGGGUCUCUCGGAUUCAACCUACAAGGCCCACCAGGCCCACCUGGCCCGCAGGGACCCAGAGGAGACAAAGGCGAUCCUGGAGUCCCAGGAGCUCCUGGCAUUCCUGGUGGUCUCUCUCAUGGGGGAUCAUCCAGCUCCUUGUACAUGCAGGGCCCACCAGGCCCCCCUGGGCCUCCUGGGCCUCCCGGCUCUAUCAGCAGCUCCAGCCUGGAGAUCCAGCGCUACAUCUCAGAUUACAUGCAGAGUGACAGCAUUAGGUCUUACCUCUCUGGAGUUCAGGGCCCUCCAGGACCCCCAGGUCCCCCAGGGCCUGUGACCUCCAUCACAGGGGAGACGUUCGACUACUCACAGCUGGCCAGCCGGGUCGUGAGCUACUUGCAGUCCUCAGGCUACAACAUCGGCUCCUCUUCCUCCUCCUCUUUCUCAUCUACAUCCUCCAUCUCCUCAGAUGACAUCCUGGCUGCACUGCGGCAGGAUAAUGUGCGGCAGUAUCUGCGCCAGCUCCUGAGCUCCUCGGGAGCCAGUGGCGACUGGUUCCUCCAGUCCCUGGACUACGCGGAGCUGAGCAGACACAUCCUCAGCUACAUGGUACAUGUAUACCUGCAGACUUCCUGGCUCCCAGGCAGUGCUUGGUCCAGUGUGGAAGAUCUCUCAUCUUUCCUGCGUACGGCUGGCGUGUCAUCUAUCCCAGGCCCCCCGGGUCCACCAGGUCCCCCUGGGCCCCGUGGGCCACCAGGUGUUUCAGGAGCCCUGACCUCAUACGCAGCUGAGAACAGCGACAGCUUCCGCAGCGAGCUUAUCAGCUACUUGACCAGUCCAGAUGUGCGCAGCUUCAUCAUAGGCCCCCCAGGCCCCCCAGGGCCCCAGGGUCCUCCUGGAGACAGCCGCCUGGAGUCCAUGGAGGGCUCCUACAGCCGGAGCAGCCGGUCAUCCUCACACAGCUCCAUGGGUAGCAGGGAAUCGUCCUAUAGCAGCUCCAUGGGCAUCGGCGGGUCCAGCGGCGUCCUGGGUGAUGGUGGAGCCUUUGGUGCCAUGUAUGGGGGUGACGGUGGAGCAUUCGGGGCAGCUUAUAGAGGAGGCCUGGACUACAAUGAGCUGGCGGUGCGAGUGUCUGAGAGUUUGCAGCGUCAGGGCCUCCUGCAGGGAAUGGCAUACACUGUCCAGGGCCCACCAGGCCAACCUGGACCCCAGGGACCUCCUGGCAUCAGCAAGGUCUUCUCCGCCUAUAGCAACGUGACGUCGGAUCUCAUGGACUUUUUCCGAACUCACGGAGCCAUUCCAGGACCCCCUGGACAGAAGGGAGAGAUGGGCAUCCGAGGUGAAAGAGGCCCUGCUGGGCAGCCUGGCCGGCCUGGCCCACCGGGCCCUCGAGGAUACAAGGGAGAGAAAGGGGACAGAGGUGACCAAGUCUAUGCUGGGAGAAGACGGAGAAGUGUCGCCACCAAACCAUGAGCUGCCCUCAACAGAACUGUGUCCUGGAUCAAUUCUUACAGUGGCCACAGCACUCACGGCAGAAUCUCUCUGGGGGUGGGGGUGAGGGGCUUGGGAGCCAGAGUUUGUCAGUGCCCUAUUGAGACCACCAUACACCAAACAGAGCCCUGAGUUUGAGGCCAUAUAUGUAUAUAUCAGAGAAUUGAAAACUCUGAAGCAACUUCACUGGGAAGGCUGAGAAAGUGGUUUGUUUCUCUGCAAUCUCGAUUCUGAGCCCCUGGGCUUCUUCAAUAUUUAAUUCAAGCCCCAACCUUAGGAAAGCCAGUGGUAUAAAAGUUGACUCCCAAGUCCUUCGGCUUUACCCAAAAAUGAAUCCAGAAAGUAGAGAUGGGGGUGCCUUCCUAAGGGCUAACACUGACAGGCCUAUAAGAGGGUGGGUGCCCUGUUUCCUGCUGCAUGGCUGUGCUUCUCAGCUUGCUCUUCCCAUUCUUACACUUUAAGUCACAGAAAGAGUUGCUAAGCAGCAACUCUUGCAACUGAAAAAAUUAAGUAACUCACUUCCCCUGAAGGUGGUGGCAGGGUUUUAAUAGCUGUUUCUUGAUGCAUUUCAUAUUUCCAAAUGCUUAGAGUUGGACUGUAGCUGCAACCUUUUAUUGAUAAGCCCAUGCUAGAGUUUACGGAUGUUAUAAAUAAAGUAGACAGCAGCAAAUAGGAAAGCAGCAAUGGGCAGGAAAGCAGGGGAAAGAAGGAAAUCGGGGAACAGGGGAAGAUGGCCCCCUUUUCCACACUUGAGAAAUGGCAGGUCGCACUGCAUGCAGUUGGUUUCUAAGCACUUUCAAUGUCUGAAAAACAUUUAUGUGGUCUAUUAGAUGAAAGCCAUUUCAACUGUAAAAUUUCCAAUAAAAUCUUUUUUUU